AUGAUCCACCUCAAACCAUCCACGCUCGCCCUUGUCCUCUCUCUAUUCUGUUCUUCCACCUUUGCAAAGGAUGAGGAACUCUCCUCUAGCCUUGUAGGCUGCAAUGAGGUCUCAUGUCCCAAGGAUGGUUCCGAUGACCGCUGCCCAGUAGGAAACAAUAACUUCCUUGGCAUUGGACUAUCCCGCAUCCCCGAUGUUCCCUCGUCUCUUGAGGGUUUCUCGCUCGUGAAAGGCGUCAACGUGUCUGCUGCGAUGGCCGGCAAGGACAAUGACAAGGCUACACGCCCUUUCAAGUCGGUCUACUACCUCGGCACACCCUCGGACGUAGAGACCAAGGACGUGUCCGGCUGUGUUGUCGUCUUCCUCGAUGCUCCGUCCAAGAAAUUCGAUGGGCGGAAACUGGAAGGCAAUAGCGCGAACAGAACCGAUACCCGCGCUGCGAGCGGUACCUGUUCCGAUAUCAUUGACAAGACAUGCAUCGAAAAACUUACGGAGAAGGCAACGAAAUCAGCCGGAGAUGCUGAUGGAAAUUUUUGCACGGCGCUUGAGCAAGAAUUGAAGAAGACUUCUUUCAAUGAGUGCGAUGGAUUCGCGGGUAAUGGUAGUGGGUUCGGGAACUUCACUGUCAAGUCGCUCGAUGAUCUCGAUGCGCUUGAGAAAUCCUCGCCCUGCUGGCCUAUUCGGCCCGAGUCUGAUCAUUUGAUGGAGAUUGCGAGUGUUACUACUCUGAAAAACUACUCAAUGCAAGCUCUCCUUGACGAGGCCUAUAAGAUUACCCCGGUCCUCACUGUUUUCACUGGGAAGGGGAACAGCAGCCUUGUCAAUGAAACUGCUUCUCAGCUGACAUGUCUGAAAGUCGUCACUAUAGAUGACCCUCCUGCCGAUAGUGGUAAGAAUUCUGCGGUGGCUGUCAAGGCAAGCGGGUUUGCUGCUGGCAUUGCGGUACUAGUUGGGAUCUUUGCAUUGUUGUAG